AAAAAUGUCACAACCGGCGACUUGUUAAGCACAAGUUGGCACCUCUCUUUGUUUUGGUCACGCUCUCAGCUGACUCACGCCGACACGCGGGUACCCACACUCCCACGCCCCUAAUUAUUCACCUCUGGCGCCGCCGGGACAGGAGUAUAUGAGAACAAACGUGGAUAACGACACUGACCAGAGCAGCUCCAAUGAGGGGGUGAGGGUCAUGGACACCUCCGAGUGGGUGGAGGAGAUGAACAAGAUGCACAUCCACCGUGCCGACAUGAACAAGCUCAUCAUGAACUACCUCGUCAUGGAGGGGUUCAAGGAGGCAGCUGAGAAGUUUUCCGUGGAGGCAAACAUCAAGCCGCCAAUGGACCUGGAUCAGCUGGACGAGCGGAUCCGGAUCAGGACGGCCAUCCAGAACGGGCAAUUUCAGGAGGCGAUGCGGAUGGUGACAGCGCUGCAUCCUGAGAUCCUGGACGAUAACUCUCAGCUAUACUUCCACCUCCAGCAACAAGUCCUGAUAGAGCUGAUCCGCGAGGGCCGUGUGGAGGAGGCAGUGGUGUACGCACAGGACCACCUAGCGGAGAGGGGCCAGCGAGACCCCUCCAUCCUCAACGAGCUGGAGCGCACCCUGGCUCUCCUUGCCUUUGACCAGCCUGAUGCGUCCCCCUUUGGCGACCUCCUCCACCCUUCCCACCGCCAGAAGGUGGCCAGCGAGCUCAAUGCAGCCAUCCUGCGGGCCCAGAACCAGGAGGAGACGACACCCCUCCUGGCGGAACUCCUCAAGUUGCUACUCUGGGCCCAGGACGAGCUCACCAAGAAGAAGGUGCAGUUCCCCAUCAUGAAGGACCUCAUCAAGGGACAGAUAGAGGAGCCCAAGUGAAGAUAGGGAGUUUUUAGGGGUCUUUUUUUUCUUUCUUUUCUUCUUCGCCAUAUUUUUCUCUUUCUUCAGCUUUUCUCAUCUUUCCUAUGGGGUUGCUGUUCCUCUUGCUAUGCCUGCUGUCUCCAUUUAUUCCUAUCAUUCAUAUUGCAUUCCUCCUCCAAUCUGUUUGCCGUCUACCCUUCUUUUAUGCCAUCUCUCCAUCUUCUCCUUAGCUUUUCUCUCUUCCAUCUUCUUACAGCCUCCAUCUCCAACACUCUUCUGUUUGUUCUUGCUGUUCCUGGUAUCUUCAUUUACUCCUGUCCUUCUUGUCUUGCUCCUCCUCCAAUCCCUUUGCUAUCUAGUCUUCUUCUAUGCCAUCUUCUAUGCCUUCCUCUCCUUUCUUUCUUCCUGCAACCUCCAUCUUCAACACUCUUCUACCUGUUCCUGCUAUUCCUGAUGUCUUCAUUAUUUCCUAUCCUUUAUGUCCCUCUCCUUCAAACGUUUGCUGUCCUGUCUUCUACUGUGCAAUCUAUCCAUCUUCUUGACCUUCUUGUUUCUUCCUGCAACCUUUCUAUCUCCAACACUCUUCCAAUAUCAAAACUCCCAUCACUUGCUAUUCCAAUGAAGUAAGGCAGAGGAAGUUGCCCCCAAGAAGAGAUUGUCGAGAUGUGUUUGUACUUCAUUUUUUGCUGUGGGUAAAGAAGUGUGUGUGGAUGAGUGGAUGAGUUGAGUGUAUCCUGCUGUGGGAGAGGAAGAAGAGUGAGAGAGCAUGGGACGUUGAGGUUGAUCGAGGUUUGUCUUGCGAUGUGAGGCUGGGGAGUGUGUGGUUGACUGGCUCAGCUGAUGAUAUGAGUUAGUACACUAUGAAAGUCUUGUGUUCAAGUGACUGGAUUCAUGCUGAGAGUUGUAGUAGGAAAGUAUGUUUUUAUUAAGUCAUGGUAAUUGGUCUGUCUGUCUGUCUUUUUAUGUUACCAUAAAUUCAAGCUUUGUAUUGCAGUCCAGUUACUGACCAAGUUACUUAAUUCCAGACUGUUCAUAAUAGCCAGUCACAAUCAGUCAUGUCACUAAUAAAAUAAAAACUUGUACUACCUCCCUGAUAGUUGUACAUCAUCUGGUAUGAGUUGCUGGCUACCCAUAUAGUACACUAUGUCAAGUUAUUGUAUCUAAGCAAAGAGAAGUUAGGUAGGUAGGCUGUCUGCCCCCAGUAAAGUUAGCUAAGUUACCUAUCAUCUGACUUGUUGAGGUUAGGUAGACAAGCUGUAGUGAGGCCUUUACCAAAGGUCUUACAUGUUAAGGCUGUCUUACAGUAACACUUAGCACAAUUGCUAGUUAUGUUCUUCAUAGCAUUCAAUUGAUUAGUUCUUAGAUACAAUAAAACUACUGCCCUCUUUUAUUACUUUUAGUGAAAAUAUGUGAUUGAUGAGAAAGCUUAGCUUUGAAUCUCCUCAAAUUUUUUAUUAAAUAAAAAGAAACAUAGUUGCUGCA